GUUGGGCUUCUCAGUCUUUGAAAACCGCGAAUGCCAGAGUCAGGAAAAAAAAUAAAUAGAAGGAGGUCAGCGAGUAUCACGUUCGGAAGCGAUAAGGAAUGAAUGGGACAGCACUUUUGUCUGCUUGCCAAGAGCCUUCGAAGAGAGCGAGAAAGUUUUAUUCUGCUAAUAAGUUAACUAGUCAUCUCUGGGGCCAGAAAAAGAAAUGAACCUUUGGCAAGCAUCGGUGAAAGAGGAGUGGAGGAAAUGGAGAACUUCUGAAUGGGGACAUGGCAUUUUAUAGCUGGGGGAAUGGUUAGGAAAAUGGGAGGGUGAGAGAGAAAGGAGUUCCCAUCGCUCUGCAAAGGGCUGGAUGAUAUAAAAACUCUGGGGCAGGACAGCUAUCUGAAUCCAUGCACCAUGGCUUGGCUUCCCGGCUUAGUUUUCUUCUGCCUGUAUUCCACUGCGGCAAAAGCAGCCUCCGGAGAAGAUGGGCCGCACUGGUGCUACCUUUCCCAGAAAUGCCAGGACCCGCAUUGUAAAGAACCCCGGCAAUGGGAUGAGAUGCCCGGCAGCACCUGCGGAGGAAAUGCACAGUCCCCCAUCAACAUCGUCACCAGCAAAAUAGAAUAUGACUGGAACUUGCUGCCUUUCCGUUUCGAGAAAUACAACACCGAGCAAGCUUCAAACUGGGACAUCGUCAACAAUGGGCAUACAGUCCAGGUGAAUUUAGACGGAUCGGCCAAGAUCUCGUCCGGGGGCCUUUCGGGCAAAUACAAGGCCAUGCAGUUCCACUUCCAUUGGGGCAACGAUGCGGAGAAGUCCAAAAGAAGGCUCAGCCCCGGAUCAGAACACAGCAUCGACGGGGAGAGAUACGCCAUGGAGCUUCACAUCGUUCACAUCAAGGAGAACUACGCCGACAUAUCAGACGCCCUUAAAGAAAACGGUGUUGCAGUGCUUGGAUUCUUUAUAGAGGUGGGCGAAAACAACGAAAAUUACGUCCCUCUCCUUUCGCAGUUCAAAGAAAUCCCUUUCAGCGGAAAUAAAACGGUCAUGCCGCCUUUACGCCUGGAUUCCUUGAUCCCGAAAGCGGAGGACCUCACCAGCUUCUACCGCUACAACGGCUCCCUGACAACCCCGAGCUGCAACCAGAACGUGAUCUGGACACUGUUUGAGAAGCCCAUUGAACUGCAGCUAGAGCAGAUCCAAGAGUUUUGGAUGGAGCUCUAUUUUGGCACAACUAAGGACAACUCCUGGAUGGUGGACAACUUCCGACCCACGCAACCCCUCGGAAACCGAAUCGUCUUCAAGUCGGACUCAAACUCCCUUCUGCCUCCGGCAAAACUGUUGCUCCUCAUCCCGACAGCCGCAUGCUUUUCCCUCUCUUUUCUCCACUGAGAUUUCCCCUUAAUCUGGCACUCAUACUAAAUCAAUAUAGGAGUGUGGGUCAAAAAGUUUUGCCUCCUGCAUCAUAAAAACGUUAUGAACGAACCUAUAGCAGCAGAAGUUGCUCCAGAUCCUAGCCUGAACUGUCCUCUACUCGAAACUACCAUUCAGCAUAGUUGCCAUCCAUUAGGACACAUUUGCACCAUUCUUUAACCAUUUUGGCAAAAUUCAAGGUUUUGCUUUUGCUCUUUGAACGUCGUUCAAGUCAUUGCAUCUGAAACCAUAUUGGUUGUCUUUCAGAGGUCCAAACAGGUCAAAGUCAGAAAAGGGGCCAAAUCAGAAACAUUAUUCAAGCGAGGAUGGAUUUCCUUAGAUGCACAACCCUCGUUGGCCAGAAAUUCAAUGACAACUCUUCCUUUGAGCUUCAGAAUCAUGGUUCUAAUCAGUCAAUCAGAGUAAGAACAGAUUACAGUGUUCCCUCGCUAUUUUGCGGUUCGUUUUUUGCGGACUCACUGUUUCACGGGUUUUUGCCUCCCAGUUUAUGAAUGGUUGCCAUUGCCCAGAGCAGUGUUCUAAUCCCGCUUCCUAGCAACGAUGGAGUGUGGAAGGGGGGUUCACUCUCCCCCAAGAGGGGUUGAUUCAAUAUACAUAUAUAGCAUCCCUACUUCGUGGAUUUUCACUUUUCACGUAACACCUGGAACGUAACACCCACAAUAAGUGAGGGAACAUUGUAUAUCAGUAGAUUAAGGUUCCCUCUACCAUAUCAUGCAUAGAUAGUCCAGUAAGAAAAGUUUAGAGCGAUGCAGGCAUUACUUUUUGACCCACCCUCAUAUAUGGAUAUGUUUCAAGCUCACUUUCAGGUUACACUACAACCAGGGACAAAUAUUUCCCUCCCCUUUUCACCUUGUAGUCUCACAGCUUGGGAAAGCUACCUUUUUGAUGUUUAGUUCAAAAACACCAGAUCCUAAGAAAUGGUAGUUGUGGAUUCUGGGCUCCAUCAUAAAAAAAAUCACCUAGAGAAACACCCAAGUCUGUCUGUAUCCACUCUUUCUAGGUUUUGUUCUCACCCGAUUAAUCAUACACAACAUAUGUUUAUAUCAGUGGAAAAAUUCUUCAUCAAUCGAUCAAUUUGUUGAGUUGUUGUGUGUUUUCUGGGCUGUUUGGCCAUGUUCGCGAAGCAUUCUCUCCUGACGUUUCACCCGCAUUUAUGGCAGGCAUCCUCAGAGGUUGUGAGGCCAGUUAGAAACUAGGAAAAUGGGGUUUAUAUACCAGUGGAAUGAUGUUCGGGGUGAGAGAAAGAACUCUUGUCUGUUGGAUUCAAGUGGGAAUGUUGCUAUUGGCCAGCUUGAUUACAAUCCCAACAAAAGAUGCCUCCAGGCAGAGAGCAGCCAGGCAUUGAAGCUGGUUUAUAUAUCUGUGGAAUAAUAUCCAGGGUGGGAGAGAGAACUCUUGUCUGUUCGAUUCACGUGGGAACGUUGCUAUUGGCCAGCUUGAUGACCAUCCUAACAAAGGAUGCCCCCAGGCAGAGAGCAGCUAGGCACUAGAGCUGGUUUAUACAUCUGUAGAAUAAUACGCAGGAUGGGAGAAAGAACUCUUGUCUGUUGGAGCUAGGUGUGAAUGUAGCAAUUGGCCACCUUGAUUAGCAUUUAAUGGCCUAGCAGUUUUAAAGUUAUGACUUCUUACUGCCUGGAAGAAUCCUUUGUUGGGAGGUGAUUAGCUGUCUCUGGUUGUUUAUUGUCUGGAAUUCCCCCGUUUUUUUAUCAACCAGAGAAGUUAGCCAUCACAGAGCAUCCGAUGAACCAACCUGGACACAGAAUUGUUGGACCACUUUCACAACCACCAUGUCAGGCUACACAGAGAAGCCACUGAAAUCCACAAGCAUGUUGACAAUCUCAACAGAAAGGAAGAAACCAUAAAAAUGAACAAAAUCUGGCUACCAGGAUUAAAAAAACUCCAAAAUUAUAACUGUAAAUAAAGAACAACAGGGGGAACUCCAGCCAAGAAAUAAUCAGGGAAAGCUAAUCAUUCCCCAACAAAGGAUUCCCCCAGGCAGUAAGAAGCCAAACCCUGAAACUGCUAGGCCAUUAAAUGCUAAUUAAGGUGGCCAAUUGAAACAUUCACACUUCCCUCAAACAGACAAGAGUUCUUUCUCCCGCCCUUGAGAUUCCACAGAUAUUGUAAGACUGUAGGAUCUAUAUAGCAAUAUUAAAUGACCACUCACAAGCUGGUUUUGCUUUGAAAUGGAUAUAUUGCUUGUAUCUCUGCAGCAAAGAAAAACACUACUGACUUUUUCCCACCACCACUUCCUUUUAUACAUCUUUCCUGUCCAACUCCCCCCUCUUCUCAGUUUCCUUAUUAGAGCUUGUUGCUUCACAAAUUCCAAUACAAGGUUUCCAGUGCCUUCUGCUGGCUUCAAAAUGUCACAGAGAGAGAAUUGAGGCAGCCAGGAUGAUUCAGGCAGGAUGUCACAGAGGGAAUUUGUGAUGUCUUCAUGCCAUCAGAAAUUGACUCCUGACAGAUAUAUAAAUCCCAUUUUCCUAGUUUCCCACAGACUUCACAACCUCUGAGAAUGCCUGCCAUAGAUGCAGAUGAAAUUUCAGGAGAGAAUGCUUCUGGAACGUGGCCAGACCGCCUGGAAAACAUACAGCAACCCAGUGAUUCAGGCCACCAAAGCCUUUGACAAAUCAAUUGGUUAAAGUCUGAUUUGUAAAUUACCUCAUGUAAUAGUGUCGGAGCUUAACUGCUGUAUGUACUGCUUCUUAACAGAAUAAUAUGCAAUGGUGAUUUUGGGAGAAAAAGAUAGACUUAAAACAUUACGGCACUGCAAAUUGCCUAUUAACCCUCAUGCUAAAUCAUGCCUUGGGGGACAGAAUCGUGGACUACAAAGCUCAGCAUCCCAUCAGGAUUGCCACUGAGGAUUCUGGGUGGUGCAAUCCAUCAGAAGUUUAGGUUUGGUGUCAUUGUUGCUUUGUUUUCCAUGGAUCGUUUCCUUCAAAGCCUAUCCUUUCAAAGUGGAAAUAUUUUCUUCAAUAGCAAAAAUAAUAAUAAUAAUAAUAAUCGAAAAUCGGGAUGAAAACUGGGAUAAUCAGCACCAAUAUAUACACAGUGUUCCCUUGCUACUUUGCAGUUCGCUUUUUGCGGAAUUGCUGUUUCGCGGGUUUUUGCCUCUCAGUUUAUGAAUGGUUGUCGUUGCCCAGAGCAGCGUGCUAAUCCUGCCUCCUGGCAACGAUGGAGUGUGGAAGGGGGUGCCAUCCUCCCCCUUGGGUAGGGGGGAGAGGGCAGUACAUAUAUAGCAUCCUUACUUUGUGGAUGUUCACUUUUCGCGGGUGGUCCUGGAACAUAACACCCGCGAUAAGUGAGGGAACACAGUAUAUAUAUAUAUAUUUGUAUAUCCAAAGUGAAUGCCUAACACUGUAUUUUUGUAUUAUUUAUGAUGUCUUGGGUUUGGGAAGGAAAUAAAUAAAUAAGAAUGCCAACUAAACAA